AUGGCUGAGAAGAUAGGACCCGGGUUGAAGUCCUCCAGUAUCAGGACCAACCCCUCCCUUCCCCCCGAGCCCAUCGACAUCGUCCGCACCAAAGCCCGGUCCCGCAGAGUCCGCCUCAACGUUGGGGGUCUGAACCAUGAGGUGCUGUGGCGGACCCUGGACCGAUUACCCAGGACCCGCCUUGGGAAACUCCGAGACUGCAACACCCACGACUCCCUGAUGGAGGUGUGCGACGACUACAGCCUCAAUGAGAACGAGUACUUCUUCGACCGCCACCCAGGGGCCUUCACCUCCAUCCUGAACUUCUACCGCACGGGCAAGCUGCACAUGAUGGAGGAGAUGUGCGCUCUUUCCUUCGGCCAGGAGUUGGACUACUGGGGGAUUGACGAGAUCUACCUGGAGUCCUGCUGCCAGGCACGCUACCACCAGAAGAAGGAGCAGAUGAACGAGGAACUGCGCAGGGAAGCGGAGACGAUGAGGGACCGGGAGGGCGAGAUAGAGUUUGAUAACACCUGCUGCCCGGACAAGAGGAAGAAGCUAUGGGAUCUCCUGGAGAAGCCCAGCUCCUCGGUGGCUGCCAAGGUCCUGGCCAUCAUCUCGAUCCUGUUCAUCGUCCUGUCCACCAUCGCUCUGUCUCUCAACACCUUGCCGGAGCUGCAGGUGCUCGACGAGUUCGGCCAGGCCAACGAUAACCCCCAGCUGGCCCACGUGGAGGCGGUGUGCAUCGCCUGGUUCACCAUGGAGUACCUCCUCCGCUUCCUCUCCUCUCCCAACAAGUGGAAGUUCUUCAAGGGCCCGCUGAACGUCAUCGACCUGCUGGCCAUCCUGCCCUACUACGUCACCAUCUUCCUGACGGAGUCCAACAGGAGCGUGCUGCAGUUUCAGAAUGUCCGCCGCGUGGUGCAGAUAUUCAGGAUCAUGAGAAUAUUGAGGAUCCUGAAGCUUGCCCGGCACUCCACGGGUCUCCAGUCCCUCGGGUUCACCCUGAGGAGGAGCUACAACGAACUGGGGCUGCUCAUUUUGUUCCUCGCCAUGGGCAUCAUGAUAUUCUCCAGCUUGGUGUUCUUUGCCGAGAAGGACGAGGACGCCACUAAAUUCACCAGUAUCCCCGCCUCGUUCUGGUGGGCAACCAUCACGAUGACCACCGUGGGCUACGGGGACAUUUACCCACAGACGUUACUGGGUAAGAUUGUGGGGGGGCUCUGCUGCAUUGCAGGGGUGCUGGUCAUUGCUCUGCCCAUCCCCAUCAUUGUGAACAACUUCUCUGAGUUCUACAAGGAGCAGAAGAGGCAGGAGAAGGCCAUCAAGAGGAGGGAGGCUCUGGAGAGAGCCAAGAGGAACGGCAGCAUUGUGUCGAUGAACCUCAAAGAUGCCUUCGCCCGCAGCAUGGAGCUGAUGGACGUGGUGGUGGAGAAAGGAGAGGACAAAAUCUCCCUGGAGAAUCACAUGUCGCCCAGACACUGGGGCAGCACCACCAGGCACGCCUCCUCCGAGUCGGACCUGAAGUCUCCAGCGAACCAGAACCAGGAGUUGCAGAGUUCGCCUCAGCGCAUCACUGUCAACACCACAGGGAGUCCGCAGCGGGUCAACCGGACCCCGCAGCACCUUAACGUGCAGAAGCUGGAGGAGAUGUACAACCAGAUGAGCAAGUCCCAGUCCCUGAGCAACCUCAACACGAACAGCUCCAUGAGCACUCUGAGCACAACCGUGACCGGGCCCGUCUCCCCGAGGAAACCUCAGAGCCCCGAGGUGACACUGAAGGAGGAAGUAGAGCUGGAGAUGACGGAGGUGCAACCCUCCUCACCAGCGGGCUGCUCGUCCAACAGAACAGACUCUAAUUUUAAAAAGGAAGACACCGCGACAUGUCGACUCAGGCACCCGAGGGCACCACCCUAUCUGGAUCUCAGCAGACUGAGGGCCAUCGAUGAGGACAGCUCUCCGGGCGUCACACUCAGAGAUGGCCUCUACAAACCCACCAACCCAGGGGACGGAUCAGAGCUCCAGGGGAACAUCCAGAGCUCUGUGAGGGGCAGUAACCCUACUAAAAUAAAAGGCUUGAACGUCAACAAGUCGCCCGCUGAAGGCCCGCUGACUCCGCCCAGCACUACCUCUCCUGGAGACAUCAGCUCCAGCAUCCUGGAAGACGAGACCCCGGACGGAGAGAUGUCUCCACUCAUCCCCAGCACCGAUGAGCUGCUCCCCAUCUCAGAGGAGGAGACCUGCCCGCUGCCGCCCAAGAGGCUGGUGGUGGACACGCCGCCAGGCGAUGAAGAUCAGUCCACGGAGAACCACGAAGAGAAGCAUCUGAUGGAGGUGGCAGGCGCUGCAGUCGGACCCUUGUCGCCCAACACAUCCGCACAAAAUUGCACCCAAGGAGAGGAAGUGAAGGCUGACAGCAACCAGAGCGGACACAAAGUAGAGAACCACAUGUUUACAUCUGACAUCCACCUGAUACCCGGGGACGGCAGCCUGUCUCCGAGCUGCGAAACCAGCAUGUGACUGUAGAGAAGCUCCCGAUUGGACAGAAUGACCCUCUGCAACCUCAGCCCGGCGUGUGGAGAGCAGACAGGAAGAGGUUUCAGUUCUAGUGAAAGAUAUUUUUGCAUGGCAUGACAAGUCCCUUUUACUUGUGUCGUUGUGUGUUGCUGAAAAAGAAACUGCAGUGCCGCAGAGUGUGGAAGACUUUUGAAGAGGAGGCUCUCGAGGGACACUUCUAUAGACACUUCUCUCCUCCAGAUGUACAUAAUGACAGUCUCCUUUUUCAAGCAGAAGAAGGAAAUGCACAGAGGGACUUAUCUGUAAAAAGCAUGCAUUUAAAAAAAGACAUAUAUUUUACGGUGCUUAGUUUGCUGAAAGCGCUCCACUGUAAAUACCGGGACAUCUAAGGCAAUGCACAGGAUGGAGGAAAUGUCUCUGGAGGUACAAAUGUGAAAAGGGAGUCGAGGAAAGGGUUGAAAUUGAAAGCCCUCAGACCGGGUGUUGCAUCGUAGCGACCUAUAAAAAUAAAAAAACAUAUCAUUACCUUUUGUGGAAAUGCAAAGUGUUCCCAUGAUGACCCUGUAAUGUUUUCUCGUAUGAUUAAUGGCGUGUGAAACUGUAACAUUAUUGCUUUUGGUUUUCAUAACGACUGUUCAGUUGAUAGUGGGCAAAAAAAAUGGACAAAAACACCUCCCCAAAAAACACCUGUAGGCGCCAAAUAUCAGCAAUCCUGCUCCUGACAAUAUCUACACCUGGUUUCAGAAGUUAGGACAAGGUUUAAGGAUCCAUGCAAAACCCCAGUAAAUCUUAUUAUACUCUCAGAUUAUACAUCUUAAAGUAGUCCUAAGGAAUAAAUGUAGGUCUAGGUUGGUUGUAGAGGUAAACCUGCAGUUAGGUAAGUGAGAUUCAAUAAAACAGAUGUAUUUAUUCAGCACAGUAGAUCUGGUCAUUACUACACAGAUAUGCUUUACACUAUAAUUAUACAUUUUUGGCAAAAGGGAUAGAGAAACACAAAAAAGACGAUAUUCCCUUUGAUAUUACGGACCAAAUCAAGCACAGCUUCAUCUAUCUCAGCUGCAUAGCAACAUAUACCGUGUAUGAUGACAGUAGUUAUGUUUUGAUUUAUUUUCCUGCAUUGUGUCCAUCGUCCCUCAUACUACUGCAAGUUUGAUCCCAUCCUGCUGAUAAUUUAAGGCAUUUUUUUGUAAAUCCGUCGUGUCUUGGACUGUAUUUAUUGUGUUUCAUUGUGAAGAAAAGUAUUUUCAGUCAAACUUAAACCCAAAGGAGUUUAUUUUGUCUCUUUCUCUCGUCUUCUGUCUCGCUUUUGUUUUACACUGACUGAAAAUAUUCGUUGUAUGUUUGCCUUUUUUUCUGGGUUUGUGUUUCAGCGUGAGUACUCGUGGUACCAGGACGGUACAGACAGGAAGUACGUGGGGGAUUUUAAUCGUUGUUUUCUUCUUAUUGUUGUUGUUGUUGUUGUUGUUGUUAUCAUGUUUUCUGUUCUCACAGAGAGGUGUGGAAUGUGCAAUACCGCAUACUGCAAUCUAUGCAGGCCAAGAAUCGUGGCACUUUAUUUUCUGUCUACGGGAUUUGUAAGUGUACAGGCAGAAAAUUACUUGUAUUUUUCCAAUGUUAUAUCUUUAAUACGAGGCAACAAACAGUAUUACAAGUUCCAGAAUCUCACAAUGCAAUUUGACUUUUACUUUCUUUCGUAUAUUAAACGUCUGGCAUUUGCUUUCUAGCACUUUAACGCCAGAUAUUAAUGGACCUCAAAUUUGAUUUUCUGUGGGAGAAAUCCAAAUUGACCACUCUGGGCCUUUUAUAUUGCUGUUAGAUUUACAUUAAAGUCUGACUAACUGGGGGGGAAAUUAAAGAUAAUCUUAGUUCAAUGGCCACACAAAAUGGGUUUUAUGUUUUUUGUGAAUUAACGUUGAGAAUGAUUCUAUUUUUUCUAAACCAAAGUGGAGCACGACCACAAUUUCCUGCCAUAUGGUGGUUGAAAUGAUGCGUGCCUUUUCAUAACACCGCUGUUUAUGAGAAGGUAGCAAGUCAUUUUGCUUUGUUCAUAUAGCACUGUACAGAAAAUUCUAAUUUUAUAGGAGAAAUCAGGUCUUUAUGUAAUAGAUACAAGCAUUGAGUUCUCAGGUUUUCUAUAACUCUCUGAUGUUCCAAUUGGAUUCUCUGUUUUUUCUUUAACAGCUAAUGUCAAAUACUUCUGUACUUUCUUUGAAACGGUGAUGUUGUCAAAUCCACAUUGAUGUCUUGGCUCCCGGGGAAAAAGGAGCGGCAAUUUUUUCUCCCUCCUCCUCGGUAAUCUGUGCACCGCCAUCCAGUGUCCACCCGUCAGUCUGCAGGAAGGAGAGGUUAUACUGGUGCGCUUUAGAGAGAAACCUAACCACAGAGAGACAGGAAGAGAUCACUGAGCUGAUUCAUCUGAUUAUGUCCCAUGCUGACACCAUAGAGCUUUGGGGGAUUCAACCCCACGGCAUGCCUCAGGCACGGUGAUCAAUGGGGGAAAGGAAGGUGAGGAAGAGGGAAAGCUAGCAGAGUUUUAGGGUAGCGUCAAUAUCUCUCAACCUGGAGUCUUUGGGCAAUUCUGCAAAUACCUUUAAGUUGAUGCUGAUGCUGCGUUUGUAUCUUCAGUUGGGUAUUUCUGCAUUACUUUGCAAUUGUCUUUCGUUUAGAUGUGCAAACAGCAAUGCAUUAUUCCUCUUUCAGUUUCAUGAGCAGUGACUUUGAAGCUUUUACUUGCAUUUCUUAUACAGUGGUGGAAGAAGCAGCAUUCUGCAGUAUUCCCACUUCAGAAAAACGUUUUUGCCUCUGACUGAGACUCAGAUUGUGUUUACUAAUGUCGGACCCUGAAGGGGAAUUAAAUGUUGUUUUUACUAGGUGUCUGGUUGGGAGAAGUCUUUUUAAAUCUCACUUUGCAUCCACAUAUUGGCUACAUAUCCUGCAAAUACCUUUUAGAUAUUACUCAACAACACAGGCACUCUUCUUUCUAACUGAAGUUAAACCAUUGUCUUCCAGCACAAAGUCACAAUAACAAACAGAACAUAUCAAGCAAAAUGUGACGAUACACUAGAUUUCUCUGAGGGAUCAUUUCUAUAAUGUCCGAUAACGAUCUACAACGGUCAGCGGCAUAAACAAGCAUUAUUAGUGUGGAAUCGCCUCUUAUAUAUUACAUUAAAGCCCAUUAACCGAGCCAUUACACACCUAGGGCUAGGGUCACAAAUGAGAGUCCAGGUUGAAAGAUGAAGAAGUAACCCUUAAAGAGGAGAAGUGAAAUCAGUUUAGGUCCAUAUUUCCUUUCUGUCUGUGUGCAUGCUGUUCACCCAGACCAUAAUAACCCAGUAAUCACACUCAUCUAUGGAAACAGGUUCUUUGUUUAGGAUGCGGGUCAGCGUCAUUGGUUUUUAAUUUUCUUUACGAAGGAAGGUUUGUUGAUAACCUUUUCAUAAUUUAUUUUGAAUUAGUUGUACGUGUCAUCCCUCGUUUGUGGUACUCGUGUCUCCGUGUUAGCCUCGAUCGAUCCUUCAUCUGGACAGGUUUAGGGUAGAGGGAUGAGGGAUUUGGAUUGAUCAGCCAUAUGUCCUUGGGAUGGUGUGUGUGUGGACUGUCUCACAGCGGCAUCACGUGUGUAAAGGUUGUGUCUUUAUUUUUCUCUGAGAGAACGGGUAUCGUCCGUGUCACUCAUGCGUGCUUUCCAAAAACGUUGCUCCCUGAUUCUCCAUCGUUUAUUCUUCUUACGUCUCUUCUGUGUAUUCUGCCUCUUAGCACUUUUGGAUUUCAGCUUUUGGAGAGUAUUCUUAUUCUGAGCUACAGACUGUUUCUUUAUGAAGCAACAUCUUUGUAUGCAUGUCGUAGUCCGAACAACUAUGUGACCACAGAACACUUUGUCAUGGUACAUGUAUGUCAACAUUUCUGUAGAGCAUUGUUCCCCAUGACGUCUAUUAGCAUAUGCAGAAUAACAAAUAAAUGUGUAUAUAACU